CUCGUAUGGAUGAGUUAAGCACUGAUCGGUGUGUUGUGAUGAUUAUUUGUUACGCACCCAGUUCGAUGAUGGUUUGUGAGAGAUUUCAAAGGAACUGUUUGUAGAAUUUAUCCAGGAAUAUUUGAGGAAAUUCACAAAAGCAAAUAUGGUGAUAAAAAAAGGACAGGAUCACAUCACAAGUUGCAGUGAUCCAGUUGAGCGUGAUGCUGUGGAAACGCUCUUAUCCAUGGGCAGUAUACAGAUGGUCCAGGAAGGAAAGACUGACAGUGUUUCUUGCAGCCCUGCCUACACCCCCUCCUCCAGUCCCGAGGGAUCUGUGUGCUCCUCGCCACCCCCUUCUCCCUUCAGCAUUGGAUCCUUCUCAGGGGAAGACAGCAACAGUAGCUACAUCUACCAUGACAUGCGUCGGGAUUCCAAGUUGGCACAGUUAUUACGGGAACCAAAGCCUGUUGAAGACACUGUUGUUACGAAAGGUCGUCCUGUCUCGGUCAUCGUACCUAACCACAUGAGUCACGCUCGGUUGACCAACAGUCACACCUUCACUCAACCAGAACAGAUUGUCUCUAGACCUAAUGAUGUUUGUAAUUCACUCGAGAAAAAUAUAAUUGUGAACAGUAUGUCUCAAUCUGAUGUGAUUGGCCUAAAGCCUUUGGAUGGUACAUCCAACAAUGGUUUAUCUCGACUUGUAGCUCCCUUCAAUCUCAACCAAUCGCAGCAGAUUCCUGUCAAUUUAAACGGACUUGGCUCACAACAGCCCAUCAUUCAGGUGAUAGUUGUGAACAACUCCCAGCAGAUGGCAGCACCGCCUGCCUACCGGGCAUGGGUUGAUAGACUUUGUCCCAUUGCCCCAGCACCGCCACCUAGUGACCGUAACGGGAACCACAUUGAGCAAGACCAGUUGGAUCGGAGUCGCCGUAGGACUCAUGCAUGUACCUUCGCUAGCUGUAACAAAACUUACUUCAAAAACUCUCACCUCAAGGCCCACCUCCGCACUCAUACAGGUGAGAAGCCGUUCGUCUGUGAAUGGGAAGAGUGUGGUCGAAAGUUUGCGAGAUCUGAUGAACGUUCCAGACACAUUCGAACACACACUGGCGAAAAGAACUUUACAUGCGAAAUCUGUAACAGACGCUUUAUGCGAAGUGAUCAUCUGCGGAAACACGCUCGUCGUCAUCUGUCCGGCAAAAAGUGCAAAUCUCCAAAUUUUUCAUCAGACAUUUCACAGAGUUCCGAGGAGUCCCAAGACAGUCACCAUUCGAUGGACUCUGAGGAUUCAAACCAACAAGGCUGUGGCUCCCCUCAGCUCAUGGAUACCAAUCCUUAGCUGGUUCCCCUUGUAUACCUAUUGGAAGUUCGAAAGGUUGUUGACAGAUACAAGUUGUGUUUACAUAAAUGGCCAAGAUAGAGAGUGCAAGAGAGAGCAUGUAGAUAUUUUCAGAGAUGAAGCAAGAAAGAAGGUUUUGUACAUGAAAGAAAGGUGAUGGAUAUCAAAAGUCUGCUGUGAGUGCUUUAUGUUUUGAGCAAGGGCAGAUAUUUUUAGAUCUAAAAUGUAAAAUUUACAGAGUGUAAGAGAGAAAAACAGCUUGUGAGCUUGUUGUGUAUUGAAAGAAAAGGUGUUUGUGUUUUGACCAAAUGAUGUCAAUGUCCUGUUGUGAAUUACCUGAGGAAAUUCUUUUUAUAGGUACAUAUAUAUACACAGCAUGCUUCAAGGCCAUAGGGAGGUCAAUUACCUGAUAAAGAGGCUGAUUGGUAUUUAUAUAUAUUUGAACAAGUAAACAAGUGGAAACUGUCGAGUAAAUAUCGUUUUAUGGUUGACAAUUAUUAUUGAGUCGGAACAUUGAAACCCAGGCAUAUUUGGUUGAGGACAAAAAUAUUAUUUUGUAGAUAUUUACUUUGAUAAUGUAGGCCUUUCUUAAUUAAAUUUUCCGUUUAUGAAUAAAUGUGUCAAAUAUAUAACUUUAAAUAUUAAUUGUUUUUGGCAGUUGAACAAUUAGUUCACAUUUUUUCUAUUGCAUAAAAAUAUUAUAAAAAUAAUAUAAUGUUUUUUAUAUGUCCUUAAUUUUUUCGUUCAAAUAAUUGAUUGUAAAUUUUAUUCAAGUUGCCAUACUUUUUCAAGUUUUGUGAAUUUUAAUAUCAGCAACGACUUAAAAUGUGCAAGAAAAGUUCAUAUAUAUUGCUUUGAUUUAAUGUUUAACUUAAACAGCAUAUUUCUUCUAUAAAUUAUAAUAGACAUUUUACCAGAAAAGAAAAGGGGAUGUAUCUUCACUUGAAAAAAACUGUAUGUUCAAUGUACAGAAAAUGUGGUAAAUGUUAGGAAAAAAUGGCUUUAAAUCAUCAGGCAAGUUUAUUAUUAAACAUUAAGUAUUCUCCAGGAACAUUUACAUAUAUGGGAUAUAAUGUAAAUAAUUUUUCAGCAGGCAAGACUGUCAGAUUGGUCAUAGCCAUGUGUCAACUUUUGCGACACCUUUUUGUUAGUAAGAUAAUUUGUCAUGAAUGUGCAAUAUGUUUUAUAUUGGCUGUUGGUAAUAGUAUACAUGUUUCUUACAGUUAAUUAUGAUUCCUAGUCCCGUAUAUAUUUUAAAUUGUAAGAUAUAUAUACGUUAUUGAGCCGGAUUACAGUGUAAAAAAAUUUAGUCCUUUAAAAUAUUUAUAUAAUUUUAGUGUAGAAAAAUUCACUCCUUGUUUGUAUUUGUUCAUAAUACACAUGCUAUCUAUCAUACUGAGGUACUGCACAAUUUGUGUUGGCAAAUAUAUAUUUUAUUCCAUCCCACAGGGACUUGGUAAAAUUUCCAAUCCACUUGGCAUCUAUACAUGUAUAUGUAUCAUAUAGAUAGACUUAAUGUUUGGUAAUUUGUUCCAAGUCCCUAUGAUUAAUUCUACCAGGUUAAAUGAAAAAAAAAAAAAAAUAAACAAAAAAUUCUGAUACUAAAUGCUUGAUGUUAUAAUAUGACCUAAAAUAAGACACAGUAUUAAAAUUUGACUGUUUCCAAUUUGCCUUGAACAUGUAAUUACCAGGUACUCAAUAAAUUUUCACGAUCAGAUACAGAUUAAUUUUCAAAGAAUAUUUGUUAAAUAUUUAAGAGAAGGAAAAUGUCCUUGUAUUACAUGCACAGACCUGGUAGAAUUGGAUGAAUUCACAAUACAUUGUAUUCAGCUAUAAAAUCUCUGUCAUUCAGGCCAUUUUACACAGCCAAGACUGCAGAAGUUGCUUUACACACACAGCUUAAUGUAUUAUAAGGUAGAAUAUUUGUGAUUGGUAAAUGAAGAUAUCGUUUUGUAUAAGUUUGUGUUUGUCCCACUUUACCUAGAUUACUGGUAUGUGUAACUUUAAAAACUCUUUGUAAACCUCAGGUUUUAUUUCCUCUUUAUGACAAUGGCACACGGGGACCAGUGUAUGUUUAAUUUCCAUUACUCCUACUAAGAUUGGAAGUGCUGGCAAUCUUUUUCCUUUAUAAAAUUUUACCUUAUACUCAGAAUGCCUUGAAACUUAUUGAAAAAUCAUAUUACUAAUAUUUGAUAUAUAUAAUAUAAUGCUACAAGAAACAAUAUGUAAUAACUAAAGAGCUUACUGUGAAUACAAAACAUUUUUGGCAUAAAUAUUAAUUAAACUUUGUCAGAGUGUGUUUUAAACAAAAAGCCAGCUCUUUCAAAAACGUAAGUAAAAGUUGGAUGAUGAGAGAUGAAGAUGUGUGAAAUACUACAUUUUACAGUCUUGAUGGACAGAUAAGUUUUU